AUGAAGUUUUACAUUGUUUUACUUGCACUGGCUGCCUUCGCAAUGGCUGAAGCUGAUCCAAACCUGGAAGCGAGAGCUGGGUGCUCCCAGAAGGGAAAAUACUGCAACGGUGGCACAUUCCUGUGCUGUCCGGGACAAGGAAGUUGCAAAGGAAACCAGAUUGCUAAAAAGAAAUAUAGUGCAAGUGAGGCACCAUCUACUGAGGGGGUGCAGAGGUUGCUUUUGGUUACAGGAUAUGCAUUGGAGUGUCUGGGCUGUCUCUUUAGCCAAACCCCAGGGUACUCAGGCAGUGUGUUGCCGCUUCUGAACAGCCAUUGA